AUGGCGGAAUCCGUGGUGGAAGUUGUGGAGAAGCUGCAGUCCAGACUCGCGGCUAGUGCUGAGCCUAAGAAGCUUCUGAAGACACUGAAGAGGUUAGCAGAACUGCCUAUUACUUUUGAUAUAUUGGUGGACACUGGGAUAGGCAAGACGGUUAAUGGACUGCGGAAAAAUGAGCUUGUAGGAGACAUAGCAAAAAACAUGGUUGCUCAGUGGAAGAAAUUAGUGCCGCAGGAAAUCCCAAGAACUGCUGAACCUGAGGAGCGCGAGUACAGUAAAAGCAGUUCCAGGAAAAGACCACGAUCUCCAUCGCCAGAAGAAUACCGUGAUGAAUACGAGGAUGAACUUGAGGAAAGUUACAGAUCACAUAGUGGGUCAGGAAAGGAACAGUAUUCAGACCACGAGGACUCUGAAGAUGGCAGAGGUUAUUCUCCUGAACCCGCCUAUAGUUCACCAAAUGAAUCCAGAGACAGAGUCAUGAACUAUCCACACAAAGUUAUUAAAGAGCAGAAAUCAUCCCACAAAGAAAAGCACAAGUCAGAGACUAAAAGUCACAACCCAGAAAAAAAGAAAGAAAAAACACCCUCAAAGGAAAUGCAUGACUUUCCAUCCUAUUCUGGAAGCAGCAGAGAAAAGCUGCCAUCUCCAGAGAGCAGAGAGCACAGCCAUAAAAAGGAAAAGCAUAAGUACACCGUUUCAAAGAAUCAAGCCGACGAUGCUUUGGAUGAUAGGAAACAAAGGCAUCACGAGAAAGUAAAAUCUGAUAAACAUAAAAUGGACACACAGUCUCACGAGAAAGGCAGAAUGUCAGAAAAUGAUCAGGAGCCAGCACACAGAGAAAAAUCUGAAAAAAGUAAAACAAAAACUAAACCAGGUGAACAAAAAUCACAGGAAAAGAAAUCCAUCAAGAUCUCCGUUCCACCAGCAGAACCAGACUUGGUUGAUGAAUUUGAGCAGCCGACUAUGUCUUUUGAAUCUUAUCUGAGCUAUGACCUGCCCCAGAAAAAGAAGAAAAAAACAGCUCCGAAAAUGGUUGCAAGUGCACCUGAAAAGAGUAAUAGGAAAGUCAGCGAUGGUAAAACAGAACAUAAGGAGGUUUCCAAACAUAAAUCAAAGCCAUCAUCUGAAAGAAGGGACAAAAAGGAAGCCUCACUGGCCAUUCUAAGCAAGAUAGACCAGGUUCCAGUUUUACCUGACAUUCCACUACCUAUGAUCCAGCCAAAUUAUCGUCCUCUUCCUUCAAUUGAACCGGUUCAGUUCUCGCCUCCCAAGAGGAAAGCUCCGCUUUUGUUCUCUAACGAAGAAGAUGAAGGUGCUGGAUUCACUGGCCGUAGAUUGAACUCCAAAAUGCAGGUGUAUUCUGGAUCUAAAACUGCCUAUUUGCCAAAGAUGAUGUCUCUUUAUGAACAGUGUAUCCGUGUUCUGGCUAAUAACAUAGACUCUAUCUACGAAGUAGGAGGUGUACCGUUUUCAGUGCUUGAGCCAGUCUUGGAGAAGUGUACCCCAGAGCAGUUGUAUCGGAUUGAAGAAUGUAAUCAUGUAUUAGUGGAAGACACAGAUCUACUCUGGAAGAAUCAUUGUCAUCGAGACUUCAAAAAAGAGACUCCAGAAGAAUUUGAGUCCUGGAGAGAAGUGUACCUUCGAAUGCAUGAGGCCCGAGAAAGGAGGCUUCAAAUGUUGACCGAAAACAUUCGCUCUGCUCAUGCAAAUAAACCAAAAGUCAGGCAAGCAAAAAUGGCCUUUGUAAAUACAGAGGUGAAACCCCCACGAGAUGUGCGCAGAAGACAAGAAAAGUUUGGAACAGGAGCAGCAGCUGUCAAUGAGAAGAUCAGGAUUAAGCCCUUUACUCCAUUUAGCAGCAUCAGCAGCAGCAGCACCAGUAGUAGUAGUAACAACCAUGUGUCCUCUGAGGAGCCAUGCUCAUAUGAAGGACCUAGCACCAGCUGUACCGUGCCACCACCACCUCCAAGCAGUGUUGGACAUCAUGAUUCUCGUAAACAACAAGUCAAGAAAGUUGCUCCAAUGAUGGCCAAAACAAUAAAAGCUUUCAAGAACAGGUUUUCACGGCGAUAAAGUACAGG